UUAAAUUCAUGUUUCUUUUCCAAUUUUGGAGAUUGUUUAUGAACUAAUGAUUGUUAAUCUUCUACUUCAAGCUUGAUUGUGGCUGUGAUUCAUUCUGUUUCUCGGAUCGUUUUCUGGGUCGAGUCAGUUUUUGUCGAUCAAUUUGUUCUUGGUAGGGUUUAAUCUGGGCAAUUGAUUUGAAACUUCGAAUGCUAAUCCGGGUCAAAAAAAGCCGAAAUAGGAUCCGACGGCUAAUAAUUGCUUCUUUCCUAUUGGUUUUAGUUUGGUUUUUCCUAAAAUUUAUGAAUACUUUAUGUUUAAAAUGGUAUACUUACCUUCUAUGAUGAAUUCGUCCAUGGUUAAUUGGUUUACAUGUAUCUUGAAGUUGUUUUGAAUGGUGAAAUUAAGGUCAACUUUGGGCAACAGAAAUAUGGACAGAACAAAUAGAGGAGGUGGUAGCGUUGAUACAUUGUUACAUAACUACAAGCUCGGGAAAACUCUUGGUCAUGGUUCUUUUGGUAAGGUGAAAAUUGCUGAGCAUAUCUUGACUGGCUACAAAGUGGCUGUCAAGAUUCUUAACCGGCGAAAACUUAAGAACCCCGAAAUGGAGGAGAAAGUGAGGCGAGAAAUCAAAAUUUGUAGAUUAUUUGUGCAUCCUCAUAUUAUAAGACUUUAUGAGGUGAUAGAGACACCCCUCGAUAUAUAUGUUGUUAUGGAGUAUGUGAAAUCCGGAGAGCUAUUUGAUUAUAUUGUAGAGAAAGGGAGACUACACGAAAAUGAAGCUCGGAAAAUUUUCCAGCAGAUUAUCUCUGGAGUAGAAUACUGCCACCGGAAUAUGGUAGUCCACCGGGACCUUAAGCCGGAAAACAUUCUGUUGGAUUCAAAAGGCAAUGUUAAGGUUGCCGACUUUGGGUUGAGUAAUAUAAUGAGAGAUGGACAUUUUCUUAAAACGAGUUGCGGAAGUCCAAAUUACGCAGCUCCUGAGGUUGUUUCUGGUAGACUUUAUGCGGGUCCUGAGGUAGACGUCUGGAGUUGUGGAGUCAUCUUGUAUGCUCUUCUAUGUGGCACUCUUCCUUUUGAUGAUGAGAACAUUCCCAAUCUAUUCAAGAAAAUAAAGUCUGGGAUCUAUACUCUUCCGAGUCAUUUGUCACCUGGAGCCAGGGAUUUGAUCCCCAGAAUGCUUGUGGUUGACCCAAUAAAGCGAAUAACAAUUGCUGAGCUCCGUCAACACCAUUGGUUCAAAGCUCAACUUCCUCGUUACUUAGCUGUUCCUGCCCCAGAUGCAACAGAGCACCUAAAAAAGCUUGAUGAGGACAUCAUCCUAAAAGUGCUCACGAUGGGUUUUGAAAGAACCCAUUUGACUCAAUCACUUCAAACCCGAAUACAAGAUGAUGCCACUGUUGCAUACUAUCUGCUGUUUGAUAACCAGUCUCGUGUGGCUGGUGGGUAUCUUGGGUCUGAACGUUCCGAGUCCCUGGAGGGUGAUCUUGCUACAAUGCAUCUAGACAAUGUUCAGGAUAGGGCUACAAUGAACAGUUUUGCUCGAGAUACUGCUUUAAGGCCCAGCUUGCCUGGUGAAAGAAAAUGGAACAUCGGAAUGCAGAUUCCUGCAAAUCCUCGCGAGAUAAUGACACGAGUUCUUGAAGUUCUGAGAGACCUAAAAGUCUGCUGGAAAAAGAUCGGGCUUUAUAACAUCAAGUGUCGAUGGGUUUCCAGCAUCCCUCAUCCCGACUCAGUUGCUACCCACCAACUGUACGAGAAUCAUUACAACAAUUCUGCUAUUACACCAAACAAUAUUCGAUCACAGAAUGUUGUGAAGUUUGAAAUUCAGCUUUACAAGACUCCGGAGGACAGCUAUUUGGUCGAUGUCCAGAAGAUCAACGGUCCACAAUUGCUGUUUCUAGACUUCUGUGCUGCUCUUAUACUGCAGCUAGAGACUGGCCUCUUCUAAAGCAGGAUCGGGUUGCGAAAGGACGUGGAUUGAUGGGAUGAGAAAAGCCGGGAUUUUUCUGUUAGUUGUCAGAAACUGCGCCUUCACAGUUCGUCGGCAAAUUGGCAUGGAGGAUGUGAGAACACCGCCACUGCUAUCCCAGCGAACUUCUUGAUCAUUAUUCAUUAGUGAAUAUCAUCAUAUUCAUUAGUGAACUGAAGAGCCUUCUUGAAGGUAGUUUUGCUUCAAUUUAGAGGGGUAGGUGGAUGGGUGAGAGCCUAAGAGGUUCUUGGGUUAUAUAGAUAACUUAAGAACCGCAAGGUUUGCUUCAAUUUAGAGGCUUAGGUGGAUGGGUGAGUGGUUAUUGGUUAUAUAAAUAACUGAAGAACCAAACCCAUCCACCCAUCAUCAAUCCAAACCUAACUCCCCCCCCCCCUUUUCUCAUGAACACAUGAUGACCGAAUUCCGAAAGGGCUGUCUCCAGCGUAGGUUGGUUGAACUGUGAGGUAUUGUGGAUGAACCCUUGCCGGAGACCCCUUGGGACGAGAAAAGAAAGAUUUUAGGGUUCUUGUUACGGUCAUUGAAGGAUACGACCUUAAUUGAGUAUUUAAUUAAAUCCAUAACCAUCUUUGCCUAUUCAAGAAAAAAUGACUUUAUACUCAUAAAAAGUUCAUGGAUUUAAUUGAAAUUUCAUUUAAGGUUAUAUACCUGAAAACCCCUUAUUCUCACCUUUUAGGGCUUGUGUCUGGACUAUCUAUAAUUGGAUCAAAAGCCACUUGGUUUGAUAUUCUAUAUUUUCUGAUCUUAUUUGGGGUAUUUAUUUAGUUCAUCGUAUGGGAUGUUUGGUUUGUAGGAUUUUUUUGGAACGAAUUGAAUAUGUCAAAAGAGAUUGGAACUUGAAAGGAUUGAAUCAGGUUUGAAAUGGUAUAGAGUCUAUUAAAAGAAUUAGAGUAUGU